GCCUGUCUUCCAUUUCUCUCUCUCUCUAAAAAAAUCCUUAGCAAUGCUGUCUUUUCACUGAGUUGUCUUCAAAAUGGCGUGAAAUACCUUGAAUUUAUGGGGUUUCAUCCAUUUAAUGCUGCUUAAACCAGUCUAAAGCAGCUGAAGAGCUUCAAAAGCUGGGUCUUUUGGCUAUCUCUGGUGCUUUUAUGGUGGAGUUUGUGAAGAUCCCAGUUCUCUGGAUUUCAGGAGUUGAUUGUGCUUGAAGCAGUGUGAAUCACUCUGAGCAGUUGAAAAUCCAGCUUCAAAGUUUGAUUCAGAAUCUGUUUUCGAGGGUUUUCGAGAAAAUUUUGAUUAUCUGGGCUUUGUUGACUCAGUUUGGACCAGUUUGAAGCUCUUGAUUCGGUUGAAAGGUCUCUUAGUUUUGCUAUUUCUGGUAAUUUUUUUAGGGGAGUGGAGAAAAAUCUGGUCUUAAGCUUUGGAGGAAGGGGAUAACAGGUAAUUAUCAGUUUAACAGCUAGAUUUUGAGUUGAUAGGUGAUCAAUCCUUUUCAUUUUGUGUUAAAAGGUUUGUUUGAUGGCCAGAUAUUGAUUAAUCUUGGUAUUUGUAGUUCAUUGCUUGGAGAAGAGCUGGUUGACUGUUUGAUAUCAUAAAUCAAAGCAGCGACUGAUCCUUUGAUUUGGAGAUCUAGGGUUAUUAUAGACUGAAGGGGUGGCUAAUGGUUUGUAUUGUAUGUUGAAUUCUGGUUUUCUAUGUGAAAUAUUGGUUGAUUCAAGUUGGCAAAAGGCUUAAUUGCAAUUGAUCCUUCGAUCUCAGGGUUUCAGGGCUUCAUUGAAUGCAGAAAGAAGUUUUGAUCUUUGUGAUUCUUAGUUGAGCUGAUAUUUCUGUAUUUGAAAUGCCACUACCUGGUUUUGGAGAAGAAAAAGAAAUUCAUCAUUUUGGUAACCUAUUGGACCUUUGUUUUCUCUGAUACCAUACCCAUCUCAACCAAAUUACGAAAACAUUUACUCAGUUACAGCACAAUUCCAAAAGGUCUCAAUGUCUUCUCCAAAGAGAAAAUCCAUGCUCUCUACCCUUUACUUCUCUCUACUAAUUGUUGUCUCCCUCUCUUUCUUCCUUUUUUGUCUCACUAGUGCUGCCUCUGAUUCGUUCAUCCCAAAAGAUGUCAUCCUGUUAGAUUGUGGCACAGACAGUGACUCGAAUGAUGCCGAUAACCGCCAUUGGACUGGCGAUGCGAAUUCGAGAUUCGCCCCCGCUUCCCAAAACACCCUUCCUGUCCAAGCUUCCAAUCAAGACACAUCUCUCCCCUCUAAAACCCCUUACAUGACUGCCCGUAUUUUCAACUCCAAUUUUACCUACACCUUUCCAGUUACACCUGGUCGACAUUGGGUUAGGCUUUACUUCUAUCCAUCGGAUUAUAAACCACAUAAUUCCACUGCUGCUCUCUUCUCUGUCACCUCUGGUCCUUUCUCUCUCCUCCACAACUUUAGUGCCUCAGCUGCUGCCCUCUCUGGAAAUUUGGCCUAUAUAAUUCGUGAAUUCUCACUCAAUGCCACUGAUACUUCCCUUAAUCUCACCUUCUCACGCAUGCUCGAUGUUUCAGGAUCAUAUGCCUUCAUUAAUGGCAUUGAGAUCUUCUCUAUGCCUGUUGAUCUCUUGAGUGUUGUUGCCCCUUUUAUAACUACCCCUCAGAGUCUCCCUGUAGCCAGCCCCUUUGAUUCUCUCCAAACUAUGUAUCGGCUCAAUGUGGGUGGACAGUACAUAUCACCCAAUCAAGACUCAAACUUGUCUCGAAUUUGGUACGACGACACUCCUUAUAUAUAUGGGGCAGCUUAUGGUGUAACUUUUGAUAAGGAUCCGAAUGUGACCAUCAAUUACACAUCAAUCACCCCUGCUUAUAUUGCUCCAGUUGAUGUGUAUGCCUCAGCUCGAGCCAUGGGACCCAUUUGGGAGGUCAAUUUGAAUUUUAAUUUAACUUGGAUUUUUCCUGUAGACCCAGGUUUUUAUUAUGUGGUUAGGCUCCAUUUUUGCGAGAUUCAAUCAGAGAUUACCGUCGUAAACCAGAGAGUCUUUGAGAUAUUCUUGAAUAACCAGACAGCCGAGAAGAUGGCCGAUGUGAUAGCAUGGUCACAUGGCCUUGGAAUUCCAGUCUAUAAAGACUACAUAGUCUAUGUACCAAAUCAGGAAACAAGUAAUAGUCAAACUGAUUUAUGGGUAGCCUUGCGCCCAUACACUAAGUCAGGGUCUGAGUGGUAUAAUUCUAUAUUGAAUGGCCUCGAGAUCUUCAAGAGAAAUGACAGUAAUGGUAACCUCGCUGGUUCGAACCCUAAUCUACCACCCUUCGUUGCCCUUGCCCCUUCCACUCCAAACAGCUCGAAAACAACAGAUUCAAGAAGCAGGGGGGCCAUCAUUGGUGGGGCCUCUGCCGGUGUAGCGGUCUUUCUGCUAAUUCUUGGGGGGUUGUGCUGCUUUUGUUGUGGGAGAAGGACAAAGGGAAGCCAAGGUGGUAGUGAGAGUGGCCCUUCGGGCUGGCUUCCACUCUCUCUCUACUCUCACUCUGGAAAUAGCAAGGCCUCAACUGUGUCAGGAAAGAGCGGAACAGGAAGCCAUGUUUCCUCCCUCCCUGCUAAUCUAUGUCGCCACUUCACUUUUGCUGAGAUAAAGGAAGCAACGAACAAUUUCGAUGAGUCUUUGCUAUUGGGUGUUGGUGGGUUUGGUAAGGUUUACAAAGGAGAUGUUGACAAUGGCACAAAGGUGGCCAUUAAGAGAGGAAACCCACUAUCUGAACAAGGUGUCCACGAGUUCCAAACUGAGAUCGAGAUGCUCUCGAAACUAAGGCAUAGGCACCUGGUUUCACUGAUUGGCUAUUGUGAAGAAGACUGUGAAAUGAUUCUUGUCUAUGAUUACAUGGCUCACGGGACUCUGAGGGAGCACUUGUACAAAUCAGGUAAGCCCCCGUUGAGUUGGAGGCAAAGGCUCGAGAUAUGUAUCGGGGCGGCACGGGGAUUGCACUAUCUGCACACCGGUGCAAAGCAUACAAUUAUACACAGAGAUGUGAAGACUACAAAUAUUUUACUUGAUGAAAAAUGGGUGGCUAAGGUUUCAGAUUUUGGGCUUUCAAAGACUGGGCCUGCAGUUGAUCGAACUCAUGUGAGUACAGUGGUGAAGGGGAGUUUCGGGUAUUUGGACCCUGAAUAUUUUAGGAGGCAGCAACUUACAGAGAAAAGUGAUGUCUAUUCAUUUGGGGUGGUGCUCUUUGAGGUGCUUUGUGCACGGCCUGCACUCAACCCGACACUUCCUAAAGAACAGGUGAGCCUAGCUGAAUGGGCCCUUCACUGCCAGAAAAAAGGCGUGCUUGAGCAAAUCAUGGACCCAUACCUUCGAGGAAAGAUUGCUCCUGAGUGCUUCAAAAAGUUCGCUGAAACAGCCGAGAAAUGUGUCGGAGAUCAAGGCAUAGACCGACCUGCAAUGGGCGACGUUCUUUGGAAUCUCGAAUUUGCGCUCCAGCUUCAAGAGAGCUCUGAAGAGGAUAUUGUUGCUGAUACUACACAAAUUGAAAAUGAUGAGGAGGCCCCUCUGACGAUGAAGGGCAAAGAUGGACAAGGAGUGUUCGAUGAUACUACCACGACAACGAGUACAGGGAUCAGCAUGGGGGGUCGGAGCCUUGCAAGUGAUGACUCAGAUGGGCUCACACCGAGCGCGGUUUUCUCUCAGCUUAUCAACCCCAAGGGGCGCUGAUGACGGAUGAGUUGGAUGGCUUCUCUUCUACUGCAAUCUCCUCUCGGCUCAUCAAACCCCAAUGGGUGCUGAGCCAUGAGCUCUUCUUCUUCGGAUCCACCUGAGUGAUGAUUCGUUUUAUUUUCUGUAUGUUUAUUUCUCUCUCUAAUUUGCAUUAUUCUUAUUGUUUGAAUUGGUAUGGCAUCUAUUAUGCUGGAGAAUUGGUUUUUUCUCUCUCUGAUUUACAUGUAUUAUUAUUACUAUUAUUCUUU